GGUGCUGAAUAAAAAGUCUCUUCAUUAGAAGAAAUCACAAAAGUUUGUCCUCAUUCAUUUUGCUCGACUCACGUCAUGCCUGUGCAGUGACGUCACGGCCGCACAGGGGACUCGCGGACCAAAGAGAGGUGGAAAAAAAGAAACAAGUAUUCGAAGGCGUUCGUGGAAACAGGAAGCAAAGAGGGGGAAAGCAGAGCAGAGCAGAGGUUGUUGUUGUUGUUAAAAAAAAAAACUUCGGAAGGGAGCGCUCUGUCUUUUACUACCCCGUUAUUUUGAGCUCUUUAAACCAACAGUGCAGCCGCGCUUGCCGUUGGCUAGAGCUCGAGGACUUUCCGUCCGUUGCUUGGACACCGCUGAGGGAGGGAAGAUCGCGCGCUUCGCGCCGAAGUGGACGGACCAACGGCUACCUGAUCAAGGGUCUCGUUUUAUUUGCCCUUCCUGACAGUCCACCACACUGGAAUGAACCCCAAAUUACUGUUUCUUUAUUACUUUAAACGCAGGGCGUGACAUUACACCUUUUAAACCGCGGCCCUGGUCGAUUUUACUGGAGUAUUUUGACGUUUGAAGAAGUCUACCGUCCGUCUGACAGGAACGCUGCACGCGCAGGCAGCCUGAGCUAACGUGAGCUAGCGACUUAGCUGCUAAUGUCAACUAACAUGGAGGGAGAGGUGCAUGUGUUACAUAACAGCCAAACGCAAUUAAAUCGCCGACUUUUGACACCCAGCAAGCACAGUUAUGGACGUGAAUUAAUCUCCAAAGAAUAAAACGGCCCAUAAACACAUUUAUUUGGGAGAGAUGGAGUCCAACCCGCUGAUCAGCGCGAUGGAUCCAUCCAUUACAUUGUGGCAGUUCCUGCUACACCUGCUGGAGGAUCAGAGUCAGAAGCACCUGAUCUCCUGGACGUCUGGGGAUGGGGAAUUCAAACUGCUGGAUGCUGAGGAGGUGGCCAGACUCUGGGGGCUUCGCAAGAACAAAACCAACAUGAACUAUGAUAAACUGAGCAGGGCACUUCGUUACUACUAUGACAAGAAUAUUAUUAAGAAAGUUAGCGGCCAGAAAUUCGUCUACAAGUUUGUGACCUUUCCGGAUCCCAACUCUGCUGAUGGUCUGAGAAGUCCUGAGGAUUCACAGAGGGCCACUGCGGGGGAGAAAUUGGAGUCGUCCAUUCAGACCAAACCUAUAGGUGCUGCUAACACCACCAACACGUGUCUCUCCAAGAGCCUGCAGGUUCAGCGCUCCUCGCCCAGCUCGGUUCAACGCAGCUCCCGCAACGAUUACAUGAAGUCUGGUCUUUACUCCACUUUCACCAUCCAGUCCUUGCAGACGCCCUGCAAAACCUCUUCCAAAUUCAUCAAAACCGAGCACGUAUUGAGUGACGGCAGCCCCAAACCUGCCCCUCUGGACCGCACAGUGCAUGAGAUGCGAAUGUGUCAGACAGAAGGACAGCAGGGAUCUGUUCAGGCCCAGUCGACUGUGGAGAGCAGCAGCUUGCAGGUGAUAGUGACCCACCCAUCCCCAUGUGCUACGCCCGCCCUCAGCCCCCAGACGCCCUCUGGCUCAGCCACUGCAACCACAAAUGCUCAAGCACAGAAGAGCCAGAGUUUGGGUGACCCACCACAGAUCUACUUGUCCGAUCCCAGCUCUCUGACCUCGCUCAUUCCUCUGGCUCAUGGCGAAUGUGUUGUCAACCCCUCUCAGCCUGUGUUUGUGGUCAUAAAGCCUCCUCCUGUCGGGCUGGCCAAAGAGUCCAAUCUCCCACCUGAGGAAGACUUGCUGGAGAUUGUCGAUCUGGAUGAAAAACCAGAUGUUGAGCCGGUGUCCACAGUGCCUGUCCCUGGAGUUACAGAUGCCCCAAUUCCUGUGGAUGCCCCAUCACCCUGCGUGGAGCCAGUGGCCCAGCCGGUUGGAGAAGGAGAAGUGAAAGAGAAGCCUGAGCUACCCGAGGACACCAAUACGGCAUCAGCCUCCCUCCCGACGAGCACGCAGGAAGUCCAGCCUCCUAAAUCGAAGAAGCCACGUGUGCUGGAGCUGCCAUCCUCGUCUACACUGCUGCCCCCUGGACUCUCACUGGAUAAGGUCAAUGCAGCGGUCAACAGCCUGCUGGCCCCUGGCAGUGCCACAAACACCUUAACACCCACAGUCAUCACCUCCCAUGCCCUGACUCCAGUGCUGUUGACACCGAGUCCACUGCCAUCAACCAUUCACUUCUGGAGCACGCUCAGUCCUAUCGCUCCACGCAGCCCUGCCAAGCUCUCCUUCCAGUUCCCCUCCAACGGAAGCAAUCAGAUCCAGAUCCCAGCACUGAGCGUGGACGGCCUAUCCACACCUGUCGUUCUCUCCCCUGGACCACAGAAACCUUGACUUGCGAUUUAAUUCAUUUGUCUCUCGCCGUGGUGAUUGGCUCACUCCCCAGCCAAUAGGACGCUGAGGACGACCAAUGAAAGAUGAGACACUCCAUAACAAGUUCUGCUUUGAGUUGGGCGGAGCCUCUGCUCCAGUGACGACUCGACAGAAGGAGUGCGCUCUCAGCUGUCCUUUACGAUUGGUUGACGGAGCAGCCCGGUUCUGGGCUUGAUGGUGGUAUUUCAUAGACUACUUGCUCUUUUGUUUUUCCCUUUGCAUUUUAUAUGAUCAUCAACGGUUAUUUAUUUAUUUUUGAUGUUUCUUGGUGCGUCGUGAGAUGCACAUUCCAGAAUGCUCAGAUUGUGAAUUUGGAACUCUGAGAUCUCACUUUAUUUUUGAUUUCUCACUGUAACAUUAUGAGUUAUGGACCAGACGAGGUAACCUCUGAUUGAAUCAAGGCAUGAAAUGCCAUUUACAGACGGAGCAUUGCUUUCUUAAAAACUUCUUUAUUUUGUGAAAAUGGAAAGCACGCAUUUAAAACCUGACAGAUUAAAUGCAAGGUUAUUUUUUUCUUUGCCAUUACAAAGACACAAAUCAGUUUUUAAAGGAUAUGACACACUGUUGUUUUAAACAUUUUGUGUUUUUCCAUGGACAAAGGAGUCCAUUUUGCUAAAGAGGCAUUGAAAAUGCUAGAGGAAUGUCACGGCCAUUCCCAGGAUUUGAAGAGGUGGAACCAGGGAGGAAAAGCUACAAAAGAGCUUCAGAAUGAUAUCAAGAUCUGGAAUGUAUCGACCUUUUUCUUCUAUAAAAUCAUUCCUUUACUUCUUGUAAAUAUAAGUUGCACCCAUUCCAAGAUUUGACAGAUUCAGUUUUUUGUUCUCAGUUUCCUGUUUUGGUUGUUGGUUUUUUAAUAAUUCUAUCAAAGAGCCCUUUCUCUGGCAAAGCAGGCAAAGGUUUCAGAAGUGUCAUGACGAAGCUUUGCAGUUUCAUGCUUCUUUUUUUUUUUUUUAAAGAAAACGCCAGAGGAGACCAAAGACCAGCUGUUUAUAUACAAUCCAUCUUGGCAUCUUUUUCUCUUACGUUUCACAUUUUCUUAGUCUCUUUCUCUUGCCGUCUUUCUAUUUUUACUCUGCCGCAUCAAAGGGCUAUAAGAACCAAAACGCUCUCUUCUGACACUGUAUAUAACUGAUAAAUCCGACUUGCCAGCUAUAAGUGUAAAACUCAAUAAGCGUUGUAAAUAGUCAAAGUAAUUUUUGCAGCUGCUUUUGAUAUUGUUAGUAGUUCUGUGCGGCCUGCCUCUUAUGCUAUGUUCAUCUGAUGUGUUAAAAUCACACUCACGGUUGUUACCUCAAAGCUGUCAACAAUUCAACGCGUCAAAGCAACACGCAAAUACGUUGCGACUCUUUCCUACUGACACACAAAGCCAACGAUUAUUUGCAUAUCUUCUAGCGCUUGUAGUUUGUGUAUGAAGCUCACGUUUCCUGUGGGGAAAUCAUGGUGGUUAUAUAUAGCGUUCUACAGAAAGCUGUAGUCAGUGUUUAUGGACAGUAACUGCCUCCAUGCCAUGCAGCCUUUUUUCUUUUCAUUUGUCUCAAGUUUGUUAAACUCACACAUAACGUACUUAUUUUCAUUUGAGUGGUCAGUGUCUUUCACUUUAGAACAUUUCAGCUCUUUAAUUUGGUGCUUUAGUUGUUUUAAAGAGAUUUCUGGUUUGAUAUCUGCGUAAUUGUAAUGAAUUCGGGAGGAUUUGCUCGUAGCAUGCUGCAAUUGCCUACACGUGUCGCCUCUCAGUCCUCAGAUUGUUCUCUCUUGCAUUUUGUGCAACUCAUGGCUGAUUUGUUAUGUCCGGAACAAUGCGAACUGUUCUAAUCUCAGUGAAUGACUGUUUGUUAUUGAGAAAAGCCUUGAAGAUCAGCUCUCUGUGGGCUCUGAUAUGAUGUACAGAUGAUGUCAUGGACGCCACAUGGAAGUCGACACAUUGAAUGUUCUGUUCGAGGGGGCAUUUCGGGAGUCGCCCCCUCACGUUACCACAUGCUAAGCUCAGUGACCCGGUAUAUCAGCUUAAAUUCACACAAAACUAAUUGAUUUUCAUUGGUGAGUUACUUGUGGUUCUUUUACGCCAUGCAGUGGGCAAAAUAAUAAGCCUGCAAUAUCAAAUAACUCACUGUGAUGAUGAAUUUAGUGAUUUGCGAGUAAUACUUUCCCCAUUCGUGAUCUUUAAUGCUGUACUGUACUGCUUUCAGCUGUCUUGGCACUUUCUUCUCAAGCUUGUCUGGAUUUCUGGGAUUGUUUGUGCCUCUGAAUGUCUGUGCAGCUAUGCUCUGUAAUGCACUGCGAAUGCGUUUUAACAGCUGGUGUCUUUGAGCUAGACUCCUCCUCUUUCCCCUGCUGUGAUGCUGUUGUUACCUUUACCGUACAUCAGCACUGAUCAAUACAGUGACAGCAUACUGUGCACGCUUCCCCGAAUUAAACUAUUACAUAGUGAUGACUUCAUUUAUCCCCACAUGGGUUGUUUACAAACUAGCAAGCUUAAAAGACAGAAAUAGUGAGCCAUAUCUAUUUAAAACUAUUUCUGUUUUACAAAUACAGAAAUAAAUGAUUUAAAAAUCAUUGUGUAAAUUCAGACAAUGUUUAAUAUUGUAAUAUUAAAGGGAUAGUUCACCCAAAAAUGAAAAUUAUCCCAUGAUUUACUCACCCUCAAGCCAUCCUAGGUGUAUAUGACUAUCUUCUUUCAGAUGAACUCAAUCGGAGUUAUAUUAAAAAAUAUCCUGGCUCUUCCAAGCUUUAUAAUGGUAGUGAAUGUGGGUGUGAUUUUGAAGCCCAAAAAAGUGCAUCCAUCCAUUGUAAAAGUAAUCCAUACGGCUCCAGGUGGUUAAUAAAGGCCUUCAGAAGCAAAGCAAUGGGUUUUUGUAAGAAAAAUAUCCAUAUUUAACACUUUAUAAUCUAAAAUAACUAGCUAGACCUUGCGCCACAAGAGUAACCCCUGAUGACGCGGGAUGUAGGAUUAGCGUAAGCUUAGACGCCUCUCGCAGUUUAAACAAAUAGGGCUGUGCAACAAACUGAAGCUCCUCUUCACUUAUAUCAAUAUUUCUCUUUAAAAAUUCUUGUUUUAGACUUCUAACUUGUGUCUGGUGUUUUGUUUUGCUGUAUCCUCUGCUCUUCCGUGUUCGUCAUUGCGUCAUGCGCCGCAAAGAGAUGCAUACGGCCGUCUGCCAGAAGCUAGUUAUUAUAGUUAAUAAAGUUUUAAAUAUGGAUAUUUUUCUUAUAAAACCCAUUGUUUUGCUUUAGAAGGCCUUUAUUAACCCCCUGGAGCCAUGUGGAUUACUUUUACAAUGGAUGAAUGCACUUUUUUGGGCUUCAAAAUCUCGCCAUUCACUGCCAUUAUAAAGCUUGGAAGAGCCAGGAUAUUUUUAAAAAUAUCUCUGAUUGUGUUCGUCUGAAAGAAGAUAGUCAUAUACACCUAGGAUGGCUUGAGGGUGAGUAAAUCAUGGGAUAAUUUUCAUAUUUGGGUGAACUAUCCCUUUAAUGAGCCUUUGUCAUGUUGAUGAAAACGCUGCCCCCUUUCAGAUAAUGAAUCUAAUGCUGCACGUCUCUGGACCUAUAAAGACUGUUUGGGUAUCUUAAUACCACAUUAAAUAGGCCUUAAAGUUGGAUUUCUGGGUACGUGCUAGUCCAGUGACGAUUUUGGUAUUAAUAGCUACUAAAAACUUUUUUUCUAAAGUCAUCCCAGAAUAUUUUCAUGCGGAGUAAGAUUCAUUGUGCUUAUAACAAGAAAAGCUCCAAUUGAAUAUUAAUUUAAAACAUCCCCCCCCCCCAAUCCUAUUCUCUUAUUAGAACCAAAUUUGUGAAAUUGUAUUUGUGCAAGUUUUAAUUGCAAAAAUAAAAAAAUUGUAAAUGAUUGUUGGUAACCAGCAUGUGUAAAUGUUCUAUUCACUGAAACCUUUAUGCAAAUGACAUUACAUAAAGCCAUUUAUUGAAUAAUUGAUUGGACCGUAGAGAUGUUGGCUGGGACGGUUGUUCUCCUUUGUGGAGGAGUCCUUAAAUUAUUUCCUAAUACCAGCACAGAUUUCGUACCGUGUACAAGUUUCCAUUGUAAGACAGUCAGUCAUUUCAAUAUUUCUCAUUGAGAAAACCUGUUUAAUGCUUGUUACCUGCUUAUGAAGUCACAAAUCCAAGCACCAAACUGGAGAUUGAGUUGAAACAAUUGUGGCUCAAAACUGUUAAGACAUUUGCCUCAUUUUGCUUUUCAAGUUACUGAAUUUGAACAUCUGCUGUUGUCAGAUGCUGUAAUAAGUCUUUUCACUUGUUUUUUCUCUUUGAAAUGUUAUGUGGGAACUGUUAAUGUAUUCUAUAUUCAAUAAUGUGUUGGGAAAUCUUGCGCUACGCAUAUAUUUGUGUAAAAAAAGAAAAAAAGUAUGCUACUUGUGUGAAGAACGAAUACGUGGUCCUGAAAGACUCUUGGACUGUUGGGAAGCAGAUCUCUGCGGCCUGAGCUCCCUUUCCCGGAUGAGAAUCACUCUCUGGGAGUUUAUUUCAUAAAGGGACGGAGAGGCUUUUAUUUUUCUGAACUGUCUAAAUACUAUAUUAUAUGUACUGGAAAGAGACAAAACUAUUUUUCAUCUGCACAUUCUACUUUGUUUGUGUAUGUGAUAGAUAUUAAUCUUGUUUUCUAAUGACAAAAAAGACUCGGAACUAAUAUGAAAAUGAAUAAAAGGCUAUUUUGUUCUUUA